AUGGAAGCCAAGGCUGGCGACUCGGGCGUGAAUGUCAAAUUGUUUAGUUCAAACCCAGUUUUUCAGUAUGACUUGUUGAGAUUUUGUUCUGUUAGGGCAAAGGAUUAUAUUACUGGGCCUUUGAGUAUCAUUGCUUUCACAUUUGAUGAUUUCAACAGAGCAUUUUGUAGUGUCAAAUUGAAUGUUCAUAACAUCAGACUUUUGGCUAUUAGCAACGAAGAGGGAAAUACCAUUUCUACCGACGCCAAAUAA